CUUUCCAGAAUAGAUGAAAACCUGAGUGGAGAAGCUCGGCAGGACUCAGGCAAUGAUGCGCUCUCAGUUCAGGGAGCGGCAGAGCAAUAGCACACGCAGGAAGAUUUCUUCGCAUUGUUCCCCUUGUUUAGCAAACACAUCUCCAGAUACCAGCAAUACUGUUACCUGGCAGGACCACUUCUCUAAAUCCCUUCAAUCAUUCUUAAUGGCCAGAACAAGUUUUGAUCAAAAAUACUCUCCCAGAACAGUGUUUGUUUUCAAAAUACAGCUCUGUUUGGCUGGCUGCACCGUCUUCGUCGGCUGGAGUGAGAUAAAAGGGCCGAUCGCUUGGCUGAGUAGCUCAGAUCUCUCCUCAAGGGAAGCGGCACAUGGUCCAGAAGGAAGGCAAAGGAAACAGCUCUCCGGGUGCAAUGGAGGACACGUCAAGCCAGAAGUCAGGACAGAGCAAAGAGGUGCUGAGCUCCCUAACACCAGAAGAGAGUCCUGCCAAUUUUGUACAUGUCAAAUUGGAGGAGUAUGAGCCCGCAGACUUCAGCACCAAGGAUCUCGUCCUAAAGAAAGCCAGAGAGGUCUGCACAUGCAAUCAUCAAACCAUCAUCACCUUCUUCUGUCAGCUGUUCCCAGUGCUGGACUGGCUUCCCCGUUACAACAUCAAGGCGCAGUUGCUUGGGGACGUCGUAUCUGGGCUCCUGGUGGGGAUAGUUGCCAUCCCUCAGUCCAUCUCCUACUCCCUCUUAGCCAGCCAGGAUCCCAUCUACGGAAUCUACACCAACUUCUUCUGCAAUAUCAUCUACGUUGCUAUGGCCACGUCACGCCAUAACUUCGUGGGCUCCUUCGGCAUCCUCUGUCUGAUGAUUGGGCAGUCUGUGAACCGGCACCUCCAGCUAGCAGGGUACAGCGGCGACAACUCUGCCUCUUCACUGGUGGGCAACUCCACCUCCUUCAGUAACGGGACAGGAGCCUGUGACAGGAGCUGCUAUGCCAUCACUGUGGCCCUUUCCUUAAGCUUUCUGGUUGGCCUUUACCAGAUCCUGCUGGGGGUUUUACAGCUGGGUUUCGUGGCUGUCUACCUGUCAGAACCUCUGCUCAGUGGCUUUGUGACCGGCUCCAGCCUCACCAUUAUCACCUCCCAGAUGAAGUAUCUCCUGGGACUGAAAAUACCUCGUCACGAAGGGGUGGGGUCCUUCCUCCUGACGUGGGUUGACCUUUUCAGAUACAUCCAGAACACCAACAUCUGUGACCUGGUCACCAGCCUGGUUGCUUUGGCUGUCAUAGUGCCUGUCAAAGAGAUCAAUGACCGGUAUAAGGAGAAGAUGAAGGCCCCAUUCCCCAUAGAGCUGCUGGUGGUCAUUGUAGCCACAGUAAUAUCUUACUACUUUAACUUCGAAGAGCGAUACAAGUCUGCUGUUUGUGGGGAUAUCCCCACUGGUUUCAGGAAACCCACUCUACCAGAUAUAAACCUGUUUUCCAGCCUGGCAGUUGAUGCUCUGCCCAUUGCUGUUAUUGGUUUUGCAAUGACUGUCUCCCUGGCGGAAAUCUUUGGCAAAAAGCACGGCUACGCUGUCCGUGCCAACCAAGAGAUGAUUGCCAUUGGCAUGUGCAACCUGAUCCCCUCUUUCUUCUACUGCUUUGCCAGCUCUGCAGCCCUGACCAAGACUCUGCUGAAGGAGUCCACGGGGACCCAGACCCAGGUGUCUGGCCUGGUCACCUCCCUGGUGCUGCUGCUAGUGCUGCUGUGGAUCGCCCCACUCUUCUACUCGCUGCAGACCUCCAUCCUGGGGGUGGUCACCAUUGUCAACCUGCGGGGGGGCCUGAGGAAGUUCCAUGAUAUCCCCCGCAUGUGGCAGCUCAGCAAGCUGGACACGGUGGUGUGGUGGACAACCAUGCUGUCCUCCACACUGAUCACCACAGAGAUUGGGCUCCUUGUGGGCGUCUGCUUCGCUCUGCUCUGCAUCAUCUUCCGCACACAGAGACCCAGGGCCACGCUCCUGGGCAAGGUCAGCAACACAGAAAUCUAUGAGGACCAGUCCACUUACAAGCAGCUCGGCAGUAUUGCCAACAUCAAAAUCUUCCGCUUCGAGUCAUCUCUCUACUAUGCCAACAAGGACUAUUUCAAGACAGUUCUCUACCAGAAAACUGGGGUAAAUCCUAUCCUGCUGGCUGCUAAGCACCAAAGGGGGAAGGCCCAGGCAAAUACAGAUGCAGGCAACAGCAAGACCUUUUUCGGCACCAGGCUUGACUGCCUGAAACCUGCCAAGCAAAGGACUGAGAAGCCUCCAGCAGAUGCCUGUCCUCCCUCCAUAGAUACGCACACCUUAAUCCUUGAGUGUGGGGCAAUGCAGUUCAUAGAUACUGUGGGUCUCUCUGUGCUAAAGGAGAUACGUCAUGACUACAAGGAGAUUGGCGUCCAGGUGCUCCUGGCCAACUGCAACCCUUCCAUCCGCCACCGGCUCCGGGAGGGAGGCUGGGCUGGUGGGGCAGACAGCGGUGGUCAGCUGGCUUUCCACAGCGUCCACGAUGCAGUGCGGUUUGCCGAACGGCGGUACCACGUGCAGCGGGAGAGCAAGGAGAAAAAGGAUGCUGUCCUGGACCCUGAAGACCUGAACUUCCAGGCGUCUUUGUAGACCUGCGUUUGAGGAAUGGUUUCUAAUGGGGCUGGGCUUGGUACGUACUUGAGAGCAGUUUUAAGUCUUUGUGCAGUCAGAGCAUGCCAGAAAGGCUUUAAUGAACUGUCAGCAGCAGGCAUGGGGCAAAAGGUCUGGGGACGGCGUGGAUUUCAAGAGAGAUUGCCAACAGGUAAAUAACCCGAGAGGCGUUUCAAGGUCUGUCCUGUCGGCGAAGAGGCUGGAUGGCUUUUAACGCUUCUCCGUUUUGAAAAGGGCUGUGACGGCAAGAGAUGCCGUGCAGGGAGGUGGGACGCCCGGCUCCCGCCAGCAACUUCCAUUAAACACCC